GAUAAGUCCAUUUUUGUACUUAUUUUUCUUAUCAAAUUUAAGCGAUUUUUGAAUAAAAAUAGAAAGAAAAGGCAUGUUUUAGAUAUUUUGGUUCAAGUUUCAUGAAAUCAGGUGAAAAUCACAUUCAUAAUAUGUUUGCCGGGAUUUCGGGUCAAUUGAGCACAAAAUGAGUCAAUUUGAGUAACAAAUGAAGUCAUACCGGAAGAAGUAAGCAUUUUAUCAAGGUGAUCCAGAAGGCAAUCUUGGAGAGCAAGAAACGCGGGAUUUAUCAGACGAAUUUGGCGGAGGGCGCCCAAAUAGGCGCCCAAUAUGGCCGCCUGGCUGGCCGCCUACGGUAUAUCAAAGUCAACGCUCCAGUUUGACCCGAACCUGUAGAAGACAGAAAGCGGCCGACGGAGGAAGGAAGGCGGCCGCCCUUCGUGGCCGCCUGCGGCACAACGGGACAAGGCCAACCACCGGCCGGUGCGACUUGACGGCAGGCGGCCAGACAGGAACGGCAGGCGGCCGCCGUCUGGACCGCCUGCGGCUGACGUUGACGGGCUCACGUCGACCUGCCGGUGAAGACAACGGAAGGCGGCCAAUUUUGGUGGAAGGCGGCCGCCCUCUAUGGCCGCCUACGGCUGACGGAGACCAGCCCACGUGUCGUUGCCGGCGAGUUGACGGCAGGCGGCCAGUUGCUGCCGGAAGGCGGCCGCCUGCCCGGGCGCCUUCGGGGAAAUUUUUCCUAUAAAUUGCCCGAUUUUUCCUCAACUCAAACACACCUCUUCCAACCCUAAAUCAGUUCAAAACACCUUCUUUCUUCCUCCAUUUUCGAGCUCCAAAGGUCUUAGAGAGAGAGAAACUUCAAAUCUUCAUAUCUUCUUCAUUUUAGCUCCAAAUUAUGUCUGGAGGAAGACGUGACGAUCCCAUUUUCGAGGAGCCACCACUAGGACGGGAAGACCCGCCACCUCAGCCUGAUAUCCCAUUUGCUACUAUUGCUGAUCGCAGACGCUUCCAGGCAUGGGGGCAAUACCGCACACUCCUUCCUCCCAUGAUCUUGGACCCGACGAUGCUAGAGAAAUGGGGGUACUGGGAUGAGAUUGAUUCCCUGCUAGGAGACUCCUUAUGGCGGAGGAUUCUAUUCGUUCAGGAGAGGGCCAGCCUUCCAUUGACGAUGGAGUUUCUGUGCUCCGUUCAGUUCACUCAUUACGGACAGGCUGUGCAGGAGGGUGCUGUUAUUGGGUCAGAGUCUCGGAUGAGGUUUACUAUUCUAGGCAUGGAGCACUCCAUCACUGUGGCUGAGCUUGGAUGGAGGAUGGGGCUCUAUACUCCAGCAUACACACAGACUGAUGAGUUCCGUACUCUUCCGACCCGCUUACCUGAGGCAUUUGACAUUGAUGAGUUCUGGCACAGACACUCCACAGACACCAGAUCAUUUCUCCGGAUGCACCCCCAUUCGAACAAAUGGAGGGCGACUCACUGGUACAUACUCUCGUUCGUACUUUCUUGUGGUUUUUUUGGACGACCUAACAACACAAACAGGUUGUCCAAAAAGGACAUACUAUUCUUUUGGAGUUUGAUUCACCGCAUCCCGGUGAAUAUGGCUGUCCUUAUGGCUCGUUUCUUCCGGAGCCAGGGGAAGACUGUGCGGCGCACUAUCCAGGCAGGGCCUUUCAUCACUACUCUCGUUAGAUCAUUCUACCCAGAUCUAGACAUUCCAGGACUAAUGCACUUACAGGAUAGCAUCCGCGUUCUUCGAUCCUCAUCCUUUACCAACAUGAGGAUCAAGAAGAAGCGGAACACUCAGGAGCUCCCAGGUAUUGAGCAGCCGACCCAGCAGAGUAGUUCUUCUCGACCCUCAGGACAUGAGGGAUCUAGCGAGCCCUUUUCAUCCCUGCCUAGCGCCGCAGAUUGGAG